GAGCAAUCGAGUAAUUAACAUUAAUUAUAUCACACUUCCUAUUUUCGAUCUCUGCAAGAUGGAGCAGUCAUCAGCUACGGCGGCGCCAAGAAUCGGGCACAUGGAAGGAGCUGCUACGGCCGACCCGACCCGCGGAGAAAUGCGUACGAGAAUGAUCACCAAAGCCAUUAUCGCUUUGCCUUCUGGGGAAUUGCGGCCCGUUACAGUUGGGGAUAAUUCCUCCACCUUUUCCUUCCACCCUCAAAUCUUUUUCUCCUCCCCAGACGACGCCCUAUCUAAGAUUUCCGACGAGCUCGCCACCUUCUUCUCCGUCAACCCUGUCUCCGCCAGCGAGAUCGCCCAACGGAUGGUGGCGUUUGCUUUGGCCAAGAUUCGCGUAGGAGGCGAUGUGCGUUUCGGAUUGUCCAUGUCCACCGUCUUGGAGAACACCAUUCAGGAGGUGAUUUCCCUUUCCGAAACUAUGGAGCGUUUCGAGUCAGUUAUAAAUAGUUUUGGGUUGGUGCCGGAAAGUAUAGGCGGUGAGGGGGUGUGGAAUAUCUCAGACGGCGGCGACUCCAUCUCAACAGGGCAAGGGCUGUCGGAAACAGAGGUUUCCCGUUUGAAGAUGGAGAGGUUUAACGGCGAAAAUAAGAACGGGGAGGAUGCGGAAGUUUGUUCCGUCUGUCUGGAUCAGUACAAGGAAGGCGACGUCAUCACGCUGUUAAAGCCCUCUUGUUUGCAUAGAUUUCACAAGGAAUGCAUCGUUAGUUGGCUGGGCAAAAACCGGACAUGUCCGGUUUGCCGAUCUCGAGUAGCGGUUUAAUUAAGCAAUUAGAAUCAUCAUCAAAAAGUCAAAACUGACCGUAGAUGUGCUAUACGGAGUUACACGUAUAUAAUACGUAUUAUUGUUUAGAAGUUUUAUACGAAGUAGUAUUUGAAUUCAAUUGAAUCGAAUCUGUCAAUUUUCACUACACAUGUUUCUCCUUCCUAAUUUCAAUCAACAAACUAUUGAUGACGCCAUUUACGGCACAGAGUAAUUC